GUAGGAAGUGGUGAUUCCUGGAGUAGAGAUGGCGGCUCUCGCUCCGCUGCCCCCUCUUCCCCCCCAGUUUAAGAGCAUACAACAUCAUCUGAGGACUGCUCAGGAGCAUGACAAGCGGGACCCUGUGGUGGCCUAUUACUGCCGUUUAUAUGCUAUGCAAACUGGAAUGAAGAUUGAUAGUAAAACUCCUGAAUGUCGUAAAUUUUUAUCAAAGCUAAUGGAUCAGUUAGAAGCUCUUAAGAAACAGUUGGGUGAUAAUGAAGCUAUUACUCAAGAAAUAGUAGGUUGUGCCCAUUUGGAGAAUUAUGCUUUGAAAAUGUUUUUGUAUGCAGACAAUGAAGAUCGUGCUGGGCAUUUUCACAAAAACAUGAUCAAGUCCUUCUAUACUGCGAGUCUUUUAAUAGAUGUCAUAACAGUAUUUGGAGAGCUCACUGAUGAAAAUGUAAAACACAGAAAAUAUGCAAGGUGGAAGGCUACAUAUAUCCAUAAUUGUUUAAAGAAUGGAGAAACUCCUCAAGCAGGGCCUGUUGGAAUUGAUGAUGACAAUGAUGUCGAAGAAAGCGAAGACGCGGGAGCCUCCUCUCUGCCCACACAGCCUCCUCAAGCUGGGACUUCAGCGUGCGACCCUGGCAGCUUACCUUCCAGCGGCUUCUCGGGCAUCCAGAUCCCGCCUGGCGCGCAUGCACCUGCCAACACACCCGCAGAAGUGCCUCACAGCGCAGGUGUAGCAAGUAAUACCAUCCAGCCCACUCCACAGACUAUUCCGGCCAUUGAUCCUGCAAUUUUCAGUACGUUUUCCCAGGGGGAUAUUCAUUUAACACCAGAAGACUUUGCUAGAGCUCAAAAAUACUGCAAAUAUGCUGGCAGUGCUUUGCAGUAUGAAGAUGUCAGCACAGCAGUGCAGAAUCUGCAGAAGGCCCUCAAGUUACUGACGACAGGCAGAGAAUGAAGGCUUUGUGCAACAGAUCCAUGCAUUUUUAAAGAACUAACAGUCCGUUACUCCAUCUUCAGCCUAUCAAGAGCACAGUUUUCAAAGACUUCAAUUCCAUUGAAUACAACAAUGAAAUCUGUGUCUGUGUAUCAGAUUCUUGUUGAAGCAUUCAUCUGCCUCAAUCAGUUUUCAUUGUCCACUUAAUGGAUCAUUUAUUUCCUGAGGAUAUAGGGCUGAUGUUAAAAGAUUCUAAAAAUGUACAUUGAACUCUGCUUUAAAAAAUGAAACACACUUCUAUGAACUGUUUUGGGAAUAAGCUUUGUAUGUUAAUUUACAUUAUUAAGGAAUUUAUUACUCUGUUAUUUGGACAAACACCAUAUUAUUUCACUCUAAAAUUCUGAACUUAAAUUUUAAUAAAAUUUGCCAGAAUAUUCUA